GGACAAGCAGCCAAAAUGCGUGAAUGUAUUUCAAUGCAUGUCGGCCAAGCCGGAGCCCAAAUGGGCAAUGCCUGUUGGGAGCUUUACUGCCUGGAACAUGGCAUCCAGCCAGAUGGACAGAUGCCCUCUGACAAGACAAUUGGAGGAGGUGAUGACUCAUUCAACACCUUCUUCAGUGAGACCGGGGCUGGGAAACAUGUGCCUCGAGCGAUCUUUGUUGAUCUGGAGCCCACUGUCAUUGAUGAGGUGCGUACAGGUACCUACCGUCAGCUCUUCCACCCAGAACAAUUAAUCACAGGGAAGGAAGAUGCAGCCAACAACUAUGCCCGUGGGCACUACACUAUUGGCAAGGAGAUAAUUGAUUUGGUUCUGGACAGGACUCGCAAGCUGGCUGAUCAAUGCACAGGCUUGCAGGGAUUCCUCAUCUUCCACUCCUUUGGCGGCGGCACUGGCUCUGGUUUCACAUCACUCCUCAUGGAGCGUCUGUCUGUUGAUUAUGGGAAGAAGUCCAAACUUGAGUUUGCUGUCUACCCAGCACCUCAAGUGUCAACAGCAGUUGUAGAGCCCUACAAUUCCAUUCUGACCACUCACACCACCCUUGAGCAUUCCGACUGUGCUUUCAUGGUAGACAAUGAAGCCAUCUAUGACAUUUGUCGCCGAAACCUCGACAUUGAAAGGCCAACCUACACUAACCUUAAUAGGCUGAUUGGCCAGAUUGUAUCAUCUAUCACAGCCUCUCUUCGCUUUGAUGGCGCUCUGAAUGUUGAUCUGACAGAGUUCCAGACCAAUUUGGUGCCGUACCCUCGUAUCCACUUCCCUCUAGCCACAUAUGCCCCAGUCAUCUCUGCGGAGAAAGCCUACCAUGAGCAGCUUUCUGUAGCAGACAUCACCAACGCCUGCUUUGAGCCCGCCAACCAGAUGGUCAAGUGCGACCCUCGUCAUGGCAAAUACAUGGCCUGCUGUCUGCUGUAUCGUGGUGAUGUGGUUCCCAAAGAUGUCAACUCCGCCAUUGCUGCCAUCAAGACCAAACGCACCAUCCAGUUUGUGGAUUGGUGUCCCACUGGCUUCAAAGUAGGCAUCAACUACCAGCCUCCAACAGUUGUCCCUGGAGGAGAUCUGGCCAAGGUGCAGAGGGCAGUGUGCAUGCUGAGCAACACCACAGCCAUUGCUGAAGCCUGGGCCCGCCUGGAUCACAAGUUUGAUCUGAUGUAUGCCAAGAGGGCCUUUGUGCACUGGUAUGUGGGAGAGGGAAUGGAGGAAGGAGAGUUCUCAGAGGCCAGAGAGGAUAUGGCUGCCCUGGAGAAGGAUUAUGAAGAAGUUGGUACUGACAGCAUUGGCGAAGAGGAUGAAGAGGGAGAAGAGUACUGAGGUGUCAUUGCUCAGUCUUUGAAGUUACAAGGUCCAAAUAUUCAGUAAUGCCAUUGACCUGGUCUGUUGGCUGUGAUUGCGCAGUUAAUAAAUAUUACCAAGCAGCAUCAA